UCGGCCGCCGUAGUUUAAAAAAAACCGGUUACCUAGCAACGAGAAAAACAACCGGAACCAUCGGCCCCAGCUCGGAGAGAAAGAAGAGGUACCAUAGGCAGUUCUUCCCAAGGAGAUGUCGAUUCCAUUCUCCAACACCCAGUACCGAAUUCCGCAAGGAUUUGGGAAUCUUCUUGAAGGGCUGACACGCGAGAUUCUGAGGGAGCAACCAGAUAAUAUACCAGCUUUUGCAGCAGCAUAUUUUGAGAACCUUCUAGAGGAAAGAGAGAAAACCAACUUUGAUCCAGCAGAAUGGGGGUCUAAGGUAGACGACUGCUUCUAUAACAACCAUGCAUUCAAGGAGCAAGAACCAUCUGAGAAAUGUGCUGAACAAAAAAAGUCUCAGGCACCUAUGAAAGAUGGGGAGACAACAGUCACCGCCGUAGACUCUUUUGAGGAAGAGAAGGAAAAAGAGGAGUUUGCUGCUCUCAAAAUCCAAGCAGCCUUCCGGGGACACAAGGCCAGAGAGGAGGUAAAGAAAAUGAAAACAGAUAAUGAUCAAAAUGAGAACACAGAGUAAAACAAGUGAGGAUACUGAUUUUACCCCUAGAAAAUGCAAAAAAAUAAUCCAAAUUCAUGAACCUUGUUGUGGUUGUCAUUUUUUUCCUAAGAAGAGAGAUUUGGUGUUGUGAAAUAACAUUUGUUGCUGUUGUUAAAAUCUGUCAUGAGCAUUGUUUAAUAAACAUGCCAUUGAAACAUA